AAUGGUUGUCAGAGAAAAAAAAAAUCAAGUCUUUGAUUGAUUGUCGCCUACCUAUCAGAAUCAAUGGGCGUUUGUUUAUAUAUUGCAGAAACAUCUUCUCAAGUGGGCAAAAUCAUGAGUUGUUUUUCUUCGUCUUGGGACGGAACCCUCUCGCAGAAUGAUUUCUCUGUUGCUGCUCACGUUUUUACCGAGAGAUGGGAGAGGAAUAACUCUUCUUCCCCUUCAUGGUUUUGGGUCAAUUCUCCAAAAGGACCUCCUUUCCUAGCUUCUUCUCAACAUGUGGAGGGAUACUUGUCUUUGGAGAGCAUGUGUGUUCUUGUCUCAGCUGAGGAUAGUAAUGAAGAAGUAAGUUGCACUGUGGAAGAGGAGGCUGGUUUCUCUGAGAUUGAAGGGGCAGCUGAUAGUGCCACACUUGUUCAUAGCAAUCGUCAUGAAGCGCAUUACUACGAUUUUCAUAUAGUCUAUAGUGCAUCAUACAGGGUUCCUGUGCUAUAUUUCCGUGCAUACUGCAGUGAUGGAAGGCCGUUGCGGUUGAAUGAAAUUGAAAAGGACCUUCCAGCUUGCUCCUCGAAGGUGUUGUUGGAAACAAAGUGGACUUUCAUAACUCAGGAGGAGCAUCCAUUCUUGAAUAGGCCAUGGUACAAAUUACAUCCAUGUGGGACCAGUGAAUGGAUGAAGUUGCUUUGCCUUGGCGAUGAGGUUGCAGCUAAGAAUGGACUGGCCAUUGAACUAUAUCUGGUGUCAUGGUUCUCGGUCGUUGGGCAGGUGGUUGGUCUCAAGACCCCCCUAGAAAUGGUGAAAAAAUCAGUGUAAUCGACGGCAAUGCUUCGGACAAAAAAUGAACUUAGCAGUAAAUGGCUUAAAGAAGUGGAUUACUACUCUUGCAGUGAGCUUUGAUGCGUGCGUGUUGAAUCGUGUUACUACUCUCUGUACGAGGCAGGGAAGCAUCCUGGAUCCAAUUCUGACGAUUCCUAUGCCUCAUGUCAGGCUGUUCUUCGUGUUUUUGUUCCGUAGUUUAAAUUCUUCAUCGAUGAUCCUAGAAAUCGUUUCUUAUUGCAUAAGCUUUUUAUACCCUUCUGAUUUCCAUAAAAUUUGGAUCAAUAAUCCACACCUCGUUUGUCUA